CCUCUUCUCCAUGAUGUCUGCACUGCGCGUGCGUACAUCCUGCCGGCUGGCUUGUCUGUCUCCUUUUGCUUGGCGCAGGCGAGGGUGUGCCUUUCAGCGGCAGUAGUCCGGCCGUUCGCGUCUGUGUCCGUCAGUCAGUCGGUGGUGACCAUGGUGCUUGACCUGGACCUUUUCCGCGCCGACAAGGGCGGCGACCCAGCCCUCGUUCGUGAGACACAGCUCAAGCGCUUCAAGGAUCCGGCCCUCGUGGAUGCGCUGGUGGCCGCCGACGGGGCCUGGCGAAGAUGCAGAUUCCGUGCAGACAAUCUGAACAAACUGAAGAACCUGUGCAGCAAAACUAUAGGAGAGAAAAUGAAGGUGUGAUUUAUUGAUAUUAUUGAUGUUAUAGAUUCUGAUUCACUACUUGAGAAUCUUGAAUUGUGCAGGCUUUGUUCCUUUGUGUUUUAGAGUCUUCAGGUAAAUCAGAUAAAGAAAAUCCGUCUUCUUAUUGAUGAAGCAAUACUGAAGUGUGAUGAAGAGCGCCUAAAGCUAGAUGCAGAACGAUUUGAGAACCUCAGAGAAAUUGGAAAUCUCCUUCAUCCCUCUGUGCCAAUCAGCAAUGAUGAGGAUGCAGAUAACAAAGUGGAGAGGAUGUGGGGAGACUGUACAGUGAGGAAGAAGUACUCCCAUGUGGACCUGGUUGUCAUGGUGGAUGGCUAUGAGGGAGAAAAGGGAGCCAUCGUAGCUGGUAGCAGAGGAUACUUUCUUAAGGGUCCCCUCGUUUUCCUAGAGCAGGCUCUCAUUCAGUAUGCUCUGCAGACGUUGCUCAGUAAAGGAUACACCCCUGUUUAUACCCCCUUCUUCAUGAGAAAGGAAGUGAUGCAGGAAGUGGCUCAGCUAAGUCAGUUUGAUGAAGAGCUUUACAAGGUAAUUGGAAAAGGCAGUGAGAAGAGUGAUGAUAAUACCAUUGAUGAGAAAUAUCUGAUUGCUACGUCUGAGCAGCCAAUUGCUGCAUUGCACAGGGAUGAAUGGCUGAAGCCAGAGGAUCUGCCCAUCAAAUAUGCUGGAUUAUCUACUUGCUUCCGCCAAGAAGUUGGCUCACAUGGCCGUGAUACUAGAGGCAUCUUCCGGGUGCACCAAUUUGAAAAGAUAGAACAGUUUGUCUACGCAUCACCUCAUGAUAACAAAUCUUGGGAGAUGUUUGAUGAGAUGAUUGCAGUUGCUGAAGAGUUCUAUCAGUCUCUGGGCAUCCCGUACCAUAUUGUGAAUAUUGUCUCAGGUUCCUUGAAUCAUGCUGCCAGUAAGAAGCUGGAUCUGGAAGCAUGGUUCCCGGGUUCAGGAGCUUUCCGAGAGCUUGUUUCCUGCUCAAAUUGCACAGACUAUCAGGCACGUCGGCUGCGGAUCCGUUAUGGACAAACCAAGAAGAUGAUGGACAAGGUGGAAUUUGUACAUAUGCUCAAUGCCACAAUGUGUGCUACAACACGUGCUAUCUGUGCCAUCUUGGAAAAUUAUCAGACGGAGGAGGGAAUUGCUGUGCCUGAGAGACUAAGGAGCUUCAUGCCACCAGGUCUGAAAGAAAUGAUAAAAUUUGUAAGACCUGCUCCUAUUGAUCAGGAACUUUCCAAGAAGCAGAAGAAACAGCAUGAAGGAGGCAAAAAGAAACCAGCUGGAGGGGACUGUGCGCUGGAAGGGAAGAUGCAGAGCAUGGAUGUGAACAGUUCUUAGUUUCAUCUGUUCCUUUACUGAGGCUCUGUCAUUUAAUGGGUGGAACUGAGGGGCACCUGGAUACGAAUUGCUGCUUUGUCUCAUCCCUUCUAUGGCAAAGGGAAGUCACCUUUUCCAUCUCAGCUUCCCCCUCUGUAGCAAAGGAAGGUGCUUCCCAUGGUGGCUUUGAGGAUCCACUGACAUUUACCCUGCACUUUGGUUGUGGAAAGUAUUGCAGGUGCUGACUAUUUCCCCAGCAGUUGUAUGUCUUAAAGUAUGUUAAUUAUCUUUAGAAACAGUUUCUGUCCAAACUCCUAGCUGCAAAUCCAAGCAGAGGGAACAAAAGUGUUAUAGUACAUUCACUUCUUGACUGUUUCUGUAUAGCUGGAACAGCGAGGGGGGGUUAAGGCAGAGAUUAAAAGGGAAAGUAGGUUCACGCAUUUAUGUAAUUUUACUGUAAAGACGGUCUAUUCAUGGGAGUCAAUGAAUAAAGCAAACAGCUGAGAAAUGAG